UCCACUGCCGAGUACUUAGUAGAUGGUGCUGGAGUGCGAGCGUUAUCUUUUUAUUAUCUUGUAUUUUUAUUCUCACCUACGCCCAACGUUGCCCAAAUUGGUUUCCGAUUUUCAUCUUUCACCCCGACUGCAAUCCGGCGUAAACCAAACAUGAGCCGUCUGAUCGCGAUGAUCGCUCUGGCCACCGCCGUUUUGGCGUCCGCAAGUGCCCAAAGCCAUCAACUAUAUGUCCUCAACAGUCCAUCAAGCGUCAAGAUCGGUCAGUCCGUGCCAUUGCGUGCCACCGAGUUGGCUGAUGUUGUAUCGUCGACAUUGGGCUUCACCGUUCCGCAUGGAGAAAAAAACUUGGAGCAAUUUAAUGGUGGCAGAUCCAUUUUCAUUACCUGAAGCUGUAGUUGUCCUUGAGAUACCUGGAUUAAUGAAUCCCGGUUUCAACUUAAAUAAAGUUGACCAUCAUGAUUUAAUUUUGGAUGAAUCCUUAGAUGAAGUGUAUACUACUGUGGAACACAGAAUGAAGGAGAGACUUAAUGAUAAGGAAUAUAGCAUUAUGCAUGGUUCCUUAACCAAUGAUGAAUUUCUUAAGAAUCAAGUAUUCCAUCCAAAUUUUAAGCUUAAUCCUAGUAUUAAACCUGAACACAUUGAUUCAUAUGAUGAAAAGUAUGCUGUGUUUUUCAAUGAAAUUUACAACUUACAUCAAUUGGGGCAAGGUGUCAAAGAGAGUUCGUUAAAAAAUAAUGUACCAGAUUUUCAUUGGUUUCAAUUGCAAGGCAUAAAAGCUUUAACUGCUGUAAAUAAACCAAAUUCAGAAGAAACUAUUGAUGGUGAAAGGCUUUUAAAUGAAGCCAUAUCUACAUUGGUUCAAUCAUAUAAUGACAUUUAUAAUAAUGAGGUGUUAAUUAUUGCUAUUACCAACAAAGCAAAAGAAUCGCAUAGAAAUAAACGUGAACUUAGUAGCGUAGAAAAGAAUCUUAAUGUUGCUGAACCAAUAUCUAAUGAUUAUCCAGUUAUAUUCAACCUUAUACUGUGGUUUGUUGUAAUAUUUGUCUUUUCCCUUUUGGCUAUAGCAUUGAGUAUUGCCCAAAUGGAUCCUGGUCGCGAUUCAAUAAUCUACCGUAUGACCAGUAAUAGAAUGAAGAAAGAAAACUAAGUGUUCAUAACAUAUUGAAACAUGUUGACUAUGCAACUAAUAAUUAUGAAUGAUUAAAAAAGAAACAACAACAAAACUUAAAUUUGGCUUAGAAUCCAUUCCAAUUUGUAUAUAAGUGUUUGCGUUCAACACAAAUAUUAUGAUUAUUGUACUAAGUUUUUGUUUUAUUUAAUUUAAAUUAUUAUUUUGAAACA